UUAACAUGUCAAACGCUACCGGCUUCCCAAAACAUACACUCUCAGCUCAACAAAGUUUCUUCAAUACGUACCAAGGAGUGAAUUACUCGGAAGUGUCUUCAGAGUACGGGGAGGAUGACUACGAACCAUACCGACGGUUCAUGGUAGAUUCCCGGUAUUGGGUACAGAAAGUGCUGGUCCCCAUGGUCCUCAUUAUUGGAUUUGUCGGGAACACGGUAACCAUCUUGGUGCUGUCACGGCCUCGUAUGAGAAGUUCAACCAACACUUACUUGACGGCUCUCGCCACGUCCGACUUACUUUAUCUCUUCAGUGUAUUUACGUUAUCACUGAAGCAUCACCCGAAUAUGAGUCACCCAAGACACUGGGUCUACUGGCACUACUGCAAGUACGCCUACUGGAUUGCGGACGCCUCUAGCAGCACCUCCAUCUGGCUGACUGUGACCUUCACCAUAGAGCGCUACAUAGCGGUCUGCCUGCCCAUAUAUGGCAAGAUGAUGUGCACAGUGGGGAGGGCGCGGUGGCUAACAGUGGCAGUGUUUGUGCUGUGUUACGUGCUGACGGCGUCUACACCACACGAGUGGGUGGUCAUCACAGAGGCUGCUAUCAACACCUCCACCAACUCCACCAUCUACACCAUGAAGCUCGACUACAGUGACUUGGGCCAGGACGAGAUGUACCGGCACAGCUAUUAUUGGUUCAACGCGGUCGUCUUCAUCCUCGUCCCGCUGACACUGCUGGCAGUCUUCAACAUCUUCCUGAUCUCUGCCGUGCACAGCGCUGUAAAACAGCCUCCGGCAGCACACUCUCCCGCGUUCGCCAUCAUGCGAGGUCUGGGCAACAUCUUCAACCUGCUGAACGCUAUCAACGCGGCCGUCAACAUCGUCUUGUACUGCGCGUUCUCUGAUAAGUACAGGAGAACAUUCCUGAAGAUGUUCGUGCCAUGCGUGUUCCGUCGCAAGGCUCGCUCUCUCUCUUUCCUCACUACCGCCGGCGACCCGGACGCUCUUGGAGGCGCCGUGCCACAGGAGUAUGGACGAAGCUUCCGGCUGUCAUCACGCGUCAUGUCGGGCCGGUCCCUGAGGGCGGCAGGCAGCGACAAGAGUAGCCCGCACAGCAGCAGGAGCAGUUCAUUUAGGAGCAACAGACCUGCCGAGAACAUGUAUCGACUCACCGACAGGAAAACAAGCGGCGAUGGCUCCGGCCCAUCAGAGGGCGCCUGGGGCGGGCGACGCAAAAACUCCUUCACGUGCUCGCCAGUUGACAGGAGCGCGUCGUCUACAGCCUCCUACGACAGCAAGCAGGUUAAGCGCUUCUCGUUCGACCCCUCACCGACAAGCACUCCAGUACCGGAUUAUUUGGUGAUACCGGACAUCACCAUCACCACGACCAGCAUCACUACUACUACCAUCACCACACCAUCCACCGUCAACACCUCCCUAUCAUCACCACCCUCUGAUGAUCCCGCAGACGACAGAAGUAGAGAAGAAGUUUCUGUAUUUUACAUGUAUUCACCAGAGAACAUGAAAGCGAGUGAUCUCUAAUUAUUUGAACUCAUUAUUAUUGAAUCGUUUUUAUCAAUAAAGUAAUUUUUAUUUCUCAUAUUAACGAUUCAUCUGUUAAUUAUUGAACCAAACGAUAAACGUAGCCUAAAUCAAAUUCAGGCUACGGGUAGGUAAAGGAAUCCAUUAAAAAAUUUGGAAAUUUCAAUAACAUUCUGGAGACUAGUUGGUGAUGAAGCUGCAUCUUUGUAUUGUUUUACCUCAAAUGCUUUUAAAAUAUUCACCUACCUGCGAAAUUGAGUAUAUGUUUAGCGGAAGUAUGACAGAUACUACGAACUUUCUUAAUUCUGUGUGAAAAUCUGGUUUUAUCUAACUAUUUAAGUUUGAUUUAACAUCUAACUAACGUUCAAUGUGCAGACAAUAAUGAAACAUCAUUUAGGAGGCAAAACCACCGAUGCAAAAAAUGACACAUGACGAAAAAUUUUAAAAUUCCUAUUUUUUUGCUUCUACUUGAAAAGUUUGGAGGUUAACCUAUAUGAUCCUGUGGAGGUUCCUAAACACUUUAGGAAAGCAGGUCCUUUAGGGAAACUAGGCUAUUUAUUUCUCGUGCAUCGUUUAACGGGCUUGGAACGCUGCCGUUGAAAGUAGAUAAAUGAUAAACAUCUGAUAUAAGAAGCUUUCAAUUUAAUAUCUUCUUUAAUAUCUUCUUUCAAUGAUUUAAUAUAGUAAUUACGUUAUGUACUUGCAGAGACACCCUGAUCACGAGCUAAUGAAAUGCUAUUGUCAUUGGCUGUAUACACAAUGUAAGGAACACCGACCUGCUGUAAAAUAGCGGUAAAAUAUUUUCUAGCUCCUCUUGGAAAUUGUCCAUUCUGCGAGAAUUACAGAGCACCUGGAAAUGAAGCAAUCGGAAUACUUCUUAAAAUUUAAUAAGAGUACGAGAAAACGUCAUAAAUGAAUUGUUGUUCUGUGAAACUUUUAGUUAUCAAUUUUUAGGCAUAACACUAUUGAGCAUAGACCACAAGUAGCAAAUAAUUUAAAUAGAUUUUCAUCAUCCGAAAUUUGUGAUAUUUAAGGUUUUUUAUUCGUUCACUUUUUCACUGGAGAAUGCUGAUGAAAGGGUUUAUUUCAGAUAUUUGGACUCUGUGUUAUCAAUUUUAGGUUUAACUAUUGGCCAAUUUAAUAGGAAUAGCAAUGUUAUUGAUAUUCUGUAUGUAUACGUGUAUGCGUGUGUUUUUACAUAUGGCUUUGGUUUUUAAUUGAAAGAAACAAUAAUUUGUUCAAUUGUAUACGUGAAUUUGGCUCAAAAUUUUGAUUAAGAACAAUUGCUUCCUUUCUUUGUCAAUCAAAUGUAAAUAAUAUUUAAGACAACUUUAGGAUCGAAACAUACUAUAUCUUAAAGAUGUUUUGCGCAAGAUUAGAUAGCUCAGGGUAUAUAUUUUUUUACAUGUGUACAGGCCAUAAAAACGCAUCCUCCUUCUGAUAUCAGUCUUCUUAUCAGCAGUAAUCAUUAUAAUAUAUAAGUCAAUAUAAUGUGUAUUCUAUGUGGUCUACUGAUAGUCUAGUGAAAGAAAAACUGGAGCUUCUUCUGUAACUUUAAUGGAAGAGUCAAAAAGAAAAUUUCUGCAUUAAUAAUAAGUAGUUCAGUCAGAAUUUUUCUCCUAUCAUUUAGGUACAAGUUCUAUAAUCCCUGUUUCCUUCAUAGUUAAAUGUUAUUGAAAACUCUAAAUAAAAUAAGAUUCAUAAAACAUUCAUAACCAUGUAUCUGCAACCAAUGAAUUUAUUGAAUGUAUAUGAAUGUCAAUUUAAGGCGAAUAGAUAUGUAUUGAUAAAGUCGCACGCUAAAUAUGUAUGUAGGUUGAAUACGUAAGAAGAGGACUAAACAAAUUUUUAUCUAGCUCAAUAUUUCCAGUCAAUUUAAAAAAUUCUCGCUUCUUGCAAUUGGAUCUAUUUAGCGACUAAUGAAAUUAAAACCAAUAUGGAACUUUCUGAUGUUUGCCAGAAAUUUAGCUUAUUUUGCUCUUCAGAUUGCGGGUUGUGAAUUUUUCGGAUAGCUUCCAUAUUUAGACGUCACCAUAAAUCGGUGUAAUGUGCCAGUAUAUGUAUAUCAUAUGAUACUUGAGUACUAGAAGAUGUAAACUAGGUAACAUACCGCAAUAGAUGUUCUCAGUGUCAGUACAUAUUAACAUACCUAGUUUACAUGGAUGUUCUCAGUGUUAGUACAUAUGUUGCUCAAAUACGCCAGUGAACCUGAUUUUUAAUAUUCUUCUGCUGGUGUCACAGGACAGAAAAUUGCAGCAUUAUUCCUAAAAAUUUAUCGAACAUUUUUUUCGUUCAAGAAUCUGGCAACGAUUUACAAGUUGCCACGGGCAAUUCAUUUGACGCCGUAGGCAUACCAUUGGAUUCAUAAAGUUCAUUCACUUAUUUUAAUAGUUAUUUCCUCAUUAAGUUGAAUUUGAUUCAAAUAAUAGUAAUUAUCAACGGCUUCAAUAAUCUAGGUACCAAUGGGGGAAAAAAGUUAGAGCCACUGGCCUAAAUCAUAGCACUAGCGCUAUGGAGGUAAAACAUUUAUUUCCAUAACAUAUUUCUGUGUUUCCUAAGAAAGGAACUCGCCUUCUAUCAAUUAGAAAAGUGAGAUCCCGGGAAUGUUCUAUAUUCUAUGAAUAGGCGGUGUCUAUAAUAUACGCUCCGUAAUAGCUCAUUAUUAAACCAAGCAUUUCCUGAAACAUUCCUCUCUUUUUCUCAAAACGCACAUAUAUUACAAAAUCUUGUGUUAUGAAUUUCAAAAUGCUUUUAUUGAACAUUUGAUAAACGAAUCUUCGCUCUCCAAAAAAAUCCAUAGUAACAUAGUCAUUUUUCAAUCAUAAAAAUAAUAGAGUUAAUGGCCUAUUGCAUAAUUAAACAUGCACGUUGAUAAUUGGAAAUGUCGUAAUUCGUUUUCCAACAAUUAGAAUUGAUGGCUUCAAUUAUAUUAAGAUUGAAACGAACUUUCUUCCUUUGGGAUAUCAAAUCAAAAUAAGACGUAACGUUAAGUGACUUCUAUUUACUAGGGAAAUUUGUAGAGCACUAGCGAGUCAAUGGAUUAAUUAUUGAAAAUUUGUAUUACUGGACUUCGUUCGCUGGAAUUUAUGUUAUGAUGAAGUUGACUGCUGUACCCCGAGGAACCAACCUAUAUACUCGCUUCAUUCAAGUUAUCUUUUGAGUAAUUGAUUUAUUAGUUCAUCUUCAUUCAUAUAGGUAUUGUUAUUUCGUAC